UCUUUUUUUUUCAUCUUUUGUUUCUCUUUUUCUAUUCUGGGAUUUCUUUUCCCUUUUUCCUUUUCUUUUCCCAUCUUAUCUCUUAUCUUGUCUACUACAUAUUAUUUAAUUCUCUUUUCUUUUAUAUCCUUCCUUAUUCUGACUGUUUCCUCGCUUCUUUCUUUCCUUUCUUUCCUCAUUUUUUUAUUUCUUUUUUUCUCUGCUUCUGUAUCUCCUAUUUUCUUUGUUUAUUUCUCUUUAAUUCCUCUUUUUGUCAAUCAUACUUAUGUAUUUUUGCCUAUCCCUCUUUGAAUUUAAUCUCCUUCUUUUUUUUCUCCCCUGCUUUAUUUUUUUAUCUUUUUUCCUUUGUUGUCAUGGCAACCAUGUUGUUAUCAGAUGAUCUGAUCCAAAUUUUGACAUUUUCGACGGACAGUACAAUAUUGAUCUCUGAAAUCAGAUCUGGUCAUUUUCCAGUUGGAUUUGGCUGCCCGGAUGAUUGUGCGACAUUGCUGAUGGCUAAGAACAGGGGUGCGACCGGGGUGAGGGAUGUUUUCCACUGAUGGGCACUCACAUGCCCGGACAAGGAAGCUUUUAACUGUUGUCCUAGGCCGGCCAAUGAGUUGAGCAACAAGGGCAAUAUUCUGGAGGAAGUAGAAAAAGACAAUAAUCAUGCCUUUUUCCACAUUCAACAUCUCUCUUUGUGAGGUUUUAGGAGGUUUUUUUUUUUUUUGGUACUGAGUGCUUUCUAUAUCCAGAUUGGUAAACCAUAAUUAAAGGAUAAAGGGGUGGUAGUCAUGGCCGGAGUAUAAAU